AGUGAGAGAGCGGACAAGACGGGAGAGAGUGUGGGCUGAUCACAGGCUGUGAACAAGAGUCAGUGACUGGGAGAGAGGCAGAUGAGCCACAACAUCUGAAAAGUUUUAAACCUGUGAACGCGGUUGGUGAUGCGAAGCAAGACUGGGGGUUACUCCAACAUGUGGAAGCAAAACAAAUUCCACAUCAUGGACUGCUUCAGACAGAGACAGAUUUAGGUUUUACCGCUGGGGGAGGGCAUUCUCUGUCAUAUUCUUAUUUGGAGAGGAUGGAAAUAUAAAAGGUAGGGGACUAUUAUUGAGAUAUUACACUAAGGGGUGUGCAAAAAUUUAAAUGCAUUGGGCGUUAAGCUGCACUGUUCUGUGUUUACGCAAGUUGAGACGUAGCGGCUUGGAAAAAAAUACUUGAGUUGAAACAUCAACAAGGAUGUUAAAUGUACACCUUCAGGAGCAGUGGAUGACAAGAGUAUCAACUGCCUGGGAAAGUGAGGACCCCUGAGAAUCUCAUUGCGGAAGUACUAACCGUGUUGGGAUUAUUGCCAGCAUUGGAGUUUUUUUUUUUUUUUUUUUCCUCUCCAAGCAGUGGAUUCUCUACUGAUUUUGAGCUACUCUUGUUUGUACAGGGCACAAUGGAUGAAGCAUCCUGUGCAUUGAACCUGAGCUUUCCUGCCCUACCCUGUGUCCUUGCCUGUGGGACGCAGUGACCAUGCUAAGGCCUGCUGUAACAUCUGCAGCACAAUGUCUCAAGCUGUUGUGGCUCCACUUGAGGCUAACAACUCACAGUCAGGAGAAGCGCCUGAGGCUCAGCUGAAAUGGGCUGCCCUGCUCAUCGUUAUGGUCAUCAUCCCCACUAUUGGAGGAAACAUCCUGGUCAUUCUUGCGGUGUCACUUGAAAGAAAGCUGCAAAACGCUACCAACUACUUCCUGAUGUCGCUUGCUGUGGCUGAUCUGUUGGUGGGACUGCUAGUAAUGCCCAUUGCCCUCGUCACUGUUCUCUACAACUCAGGCUGGCCUCUUCCGGAUCCACUCUGCCCCAUUUGGCUGUUCCUCGAUGUGCUGUUUUCCACAGCAUCUAUCAUGCACCUAUGCGCCAUUUCACUGGAUCGCUACAUUGCCAUAAAGAAGCCAAUCCAACACAGCCAGUACAAAUCCAGAGCCAAAGCGAUGGUGAAGAUUGCACUGGUGUGGCUCAUAUCCAUUUGUAUCGCAAUCCCUAUUCCAAUUAAGGGGCUUAAGAACUACCAUCUUCCCAACAACAUCACCUUCAACAGCAACCACACAUGCAUGCUGAAAACAGACACCUUCUGGGAGUUUAUCAUGUUUGGCUCCUUGGCGGCAUUCUUCAUCCCUCUGACCAUCAUGAUGGUCAUCUACCUACUUACUGUCCGGGUGUUGCGCAAAAAGGUUUAUUUGCUCAGGUCAAAGGUGACUCAGCGCUUUAGCUACCCGACAGUCUCCACAGUUUUUCAAAGAGAACAGGCUGCGACUCCACCUCAAACUGAUCAACUUAACAUGCUGGAUAGCACACUUCCCAGGAUGCAAGAAAAACCAUAUGUAGGCACAACAAACUCUCCUACAGGAGAUGAAAUGUCCUUUCGGAGAAUGUCAACAAUGGGCAAGAAGUCAAUGCAGACUCUGAGCAAUGAGCAGCGCGCCUCAAAGGUGCUAGGCAUCGUCUUCCUCCUGUUUGUAGUCAUGUGGUGCCCGUUCUUCAUCACUAAUAUCACCUCUGUGCUAUGCACAAGCUGUGAUGUUCAUGUAAUCGCCCGCCUGAUGGAGAUUUUUGUUUGGGUGGGUUAUGUGUCAUCAGGCAUCAACCCGUUGGUCUACACCCUAUUCAACAAAACUUUCAGGCAAGCGUUCACGCGUUACAUCACCUGCAAUUACGAAACCUCUGCUAGUCAUGGGCCAGGAAGGCACUCAAGGGCAUCAAAUGCAGAUCGGACCCUUACACGGAUUUCAUUCAGAUCUUCCAUGGCAGAAAACUCUAAACUGUUCAUGAAGCGGGGAAUGAAGAAUGGCAUUGGAGCAGUUGGCUACCAAAGUCCACUGAGGUGCCGACAAGCAUCUGUACAGUCAUCUGGUGGUGUUUUGUUAGACACAAUGCUUCUGACUGAAAAUGAAGCUGGUAAGCAGGCAGAACAUGUUAGCUGUGUAUAGAGAUACCAGACAAUUGAAUCAAAAAAAAAAAAAAAAAAAAAAAAAAAAAAAAAAAAAAAAGUAGCACUUGAAAUGGAUCAAAAUCAUGGUGCAAACUUUUUAUCUCUUUAAAGAUAAAGGCUAGCCCCACAACAAAUAUUCAAAAUGCAUCAUUCUGAAUCAGCUGUUACUCUCAAUUUGAUUACCAAAUAAUUUAACGCCAGUGUCAACUGUACACUACACAACAACAAAAUGUAACCUGUUGCUGUCUGGUUUGUCUACAUCAGUAAAGUUUUUUUUAACAAAAGCAAAAUAAGGAAAUAUUUUCAAUUAUGCUCAUUUUGGAAACACAAAUUUAAUCCAUAAGUCAAACUCUAUUAUAUCUGAAUAUAUAUUUCUCACUGGGUCUUUAAGACAGGCCAUAUUAAUAAUGUGAAGACAGUCAGUUCAUAGUGUACAAGAAGACAGUUUGAGUUUUCAAACGUUAUAAAACCUUGAGAUGACCUGUAACAGGUCGACUUAAAAAAGAAAAAGAAAAAAAAAAAAAUGCGGAUGUCCUCUACGAAAGGUCUAAAGUUGACAAAGUUCAGGUCACCAAACAAAAAUGUAAGGAAUGAAGACAUAAUGAUAACCUGGAAACCCUCUGUGAAUGCAGAAUACAAUAUAUUCCUAUGCAGAUUCUUUUAACUUGGGCUAUCUUAAUAUGAUGUAAACGAUCUCAGACCACAUGCUUAUAUUUUGUUAAGACAAACACAACUCUACCUUUCAAAUCUUUUCUGCAACGGACGCAAAUAAUACAUUGCACUCUUGAAAUGAUACUAAUUGUAUUUGCUGGACCUUUGAGAAUCACUCCUCUUGUAUGUGUAUUGCAGCUUGAUGUUUUUAUUAUA